CGGUGAAAAACACUCAUCAUGAAAUUAUAAGGAAAAUAUUUGCUCUGAAAUAAAAAUAUUAAACCUCAAUUAUAAGUUUUGUGAAAAAUUAUUUUAUUUUAAAUAUUUGAUUAAAAAGCAAAAGUUUAUUUUGUAACGUCCAGUCACCACCAGGAAAAUCAAUUUAAAAAAUAUUUUUUUAAUUCAAACAUUUUAUAAUAAAAUUCUUAAAUUGUUUGAUUUGUAAAUUUAAUUGAAUUUUUAAAAUUGGUGGGUAGUGGUUAACCCUGGCAGCUUGUGUGGUGAUGUGGGGGCCCUGUUUGACUGAACUUUUACUUUCAAAAUGGGGGAUAGUGAAUACCCCACAACCUCUUGCAGUGUUUCUUUUUCUCCUUGGCCAUACACAUAAUCUUCUCAGAUCUAUUCUGCAUGCAGUAUUUGCACAGCAAAUAUCCAGCUUCACACGACAAGGUUUUUUUGCAAACCAGUUCAAGGUUUCUUGGGGUAAGGAUAAGGCGACCAAGGUUACCCCUUUAAGCCAGGACAAGGAGAAAGUAGAAGAGUUUAACAAGAAAAUGGAAAUUCCGAUCAAAAGGAAGGAGACUCUGGUUCCCCGCCCACCUGCACCUGGCAUGGACUCCCCGCCCCUCCCUCCCAGGAGAUCCACAGUUCCCAGUAUUGAGAUCGUAGAGACGAUGUGUACAUAAUAUGUUUAAAACAACCAAGUACAUUAUGCAUGUACAAUUAGUACAUUAGUUAAAGACUAUAGUAAAUUGUGCAUUGUAAUUACAUAAAACAGUUUUUAUGUUUAAAGAACUAUGAAAAUAAAAAUUUAAAUAAUCCA